CCUGCUUGGCAUCGCACUCCUCAUUCUGACUCCCAGCAUCCUUCUCUUUUUCCCUCUCCUCCCCUCUUCUCUUUCGUUUUCUCUUGACCACACCGCUCGCUUCACCUCCUUGACCGCGUUAUUUGCCAUGUGGAUUACUCCCUUUCAGCUUGGUCCCGAGCCACCGGCGCCUGGUCAGCCCCAGCCAGGUGAGUGUAUAGACCGGCAUAGUGACUUCGAACUGGCACUUUCUCUCUUUAUUUUGGUCGGCAUGGUCGUCUCAUACUUGCCUCAGCACUUCCGUAUCAUUCACAAGGGAACCAGCGAAGGCAUUAGUCCCUGGUUUUUACUACUCGGAACUAUUUCCGCCAGCUCCACAUUUCUUAAUAUUGUCGUUCUUCAGUGGAAGGUGAUAUUGUGCUGCGGUGUCCUAAGCCUUGGACCAUGUCUGGAGAGUAUACUUGGAAUCGCCCAACUUGGUGUCCAGUUUGUCAUGUUUGGCCUGGUUCUCGUCUUGUAUCUCAUUUACUACCCGGUGCACAAGAUAGUCGCUGAGCGAUCUCAACAGCAUAUUCGACACUUAUUCUCCUUUUUACCCGCCCAGACAGAAGAAUGGGCAUUGUCAUUGUUGAUCGCCCAUGUGGUGGCAAUGCAUCUCGUUAUCUGCAUUGUCGUGACGAUAGUCCUUCUGGCCUUUGUUGGCGGCCCUGAGAACCACUGGACCUCAGCGUGGGCUACUUUCUUGGGUAUCACGAGCGUCGUCCUUGCAACCAUUCAGUAUGUCCCGCAGAUCCAUAGGACAUUUAAGCGCAAGUCUGUCGGAGCACUCAGCAUUCCGAUGAUGAUGAUGCAAACACCAGGGGCAGCACUCUUGACAUUAUCCUUGGCACUUAGACCCGGUGCCAAUUGGACGACCUGGAUUGUAUAUGCAGUAACAGGAUGUCUUCAGGGCACGUUGUUGGUGAUGUGUAUCUAUUACCAUUUCCAAGCCAAGAGCCAUGGUCAUGACGACUUUGACACUACCGAAACGGAGCCUCUGCUAGCGGAGGAUGUACGUGCGCCCAGGACGCGUGGUUAUACAGGGCCGGGAGGCUCCCAGGGAUGAUAUCUGUCAGGGUCGAAAUCUGUUGCAACACGUUAUAGCGCGGCCUAAUUUUUAUUAAUAAAUUCGCAUGCGGAAAUAUUAUGGCGCCCCGCUGGUUAUUCUUUUCGUCC